AGGAUGUGCGCCUUCUGUUUCUGCGGAGUUAACGGUGGAAGGAAUGAAACUUUUGUCCGCAAAUAAUCGCGUACAAUUAUUGCUUGGUCACUUGUCUUAGUAUUAUCGUGAAGAUGUAACGUUGAGUUAAUUGUAUUUGCACCUCUGCGUACAUUUCCAGUCGGGCUACAGUAAAGGAAGUAGCUACUGAAAUGUUUUAGGAUUUUGUCUACCGAACGGCCAAGCGGAUUCCGCGGGUUUGGGUUGAAUCAAAGUGUAGUUCACAAACAUUUCUGACUGCAUGCCAAAGAAGGUCCACACUGCAGAGACCACUCUAGGAGUCAAGAUGUCAGAAUGAGAUUAAGUGAAAGAUCCAAGCGAGUGAAUGACUGAGACGACCCUGCAUCCAAGAGAGCCAGCCAUGUCCUUCAGCGGUCAGCCUCCUCCGAGCUCCAGCAACACUGGCAGCAUGAAGUCUGGCUCCCAGUACGCGAUGGCAGCUCUGGGCCUGGGUCUCGUGGUGCUGGGAGUAGUCAUGGCCAUGUGGAACAGGGUGCUGUUGAGCCCAGCCCGAAACAGUUCCAGAACCAGGCUGGGCUCCUCUGGGAGCUCCUGGUCAAUGGCCUUAGUGCUGCUUUGCACAGGCAUGGCGUUUCUGCUGCUGUCUCUGUUACUCAGCAUCCAGAAGAGACAACGAACACGGGGAGAGCAGCGCUCCAACGAAGGCAUGCACUUAGAACCAGGACAGGACGGAGAGAGGCAGACAGUAGGAGCCGAAUGCUAUGCUGUGCCCAGCUACGAGGAAGUGGUUGGCAGUGAUCAGUACCCUCUUAGACAGCUUUCUGCACAAAAUGACAGCACCACCGACCUGCCAGCCUAUGAAGAACUGAUGGAGGCAGAUAGAGCGGUGGAGACCACGGACAUCAUAUACAUGCAACCCAUGCACACUCAACAAGGUGCGGACAAUUCUUAUCUGCUGCCCAGACCGAGCUGUAGGAACGGGCGUCCCGGACUCAAGCUGCUACCUCUCAGAGAAAGGCGCAUCAAAUCAGACAUUGACGGGACAAUAUCCAGCAGCUCGCCAAAUAUUGCUGUGUCCAACAUCGAGCCCAUUACCCCUCCGCCACAGUAUGAAGACAAUCCCCCUGAACUCCCACAUGACACACUUACCAGGUGUACACCAACUCUGAAGUGAUGGAACGUGCACUCACUCUGCAGUGAUCAAGAAAACUCUGGGCAAAUAUGCACUAAUUCAGCAUUUAUAAUGUAUACUGACACCAAAAGGUGCAUCAAGACUUCAGUUUUUGCUAUGGCACUCCCAUUCAGAAAUUUUGUUUCAUUUUAAUGAAAUAAAAUAUGAAAAUAAAGGCAAAUUGAUUAAAUGAAUGAAAAUAAAGGCAAAAGUUCUGUAUCUCACAGAGAUGAAGAUGUCUGGUCAAAAGAGGAACCCUACGAUGUACUCCCUGUUUACUGUACCUGGCUUUCAUGCCAUCAAAAUGUUUAUGAGCUGCAGAUUACAUAAACAUGGAAUAUGGGCAAAGUUUUCAAGAAGCUUCAUCCAAUCUAUAAUGUUGACUGCUGUUCUUACUAAACUGAUAUCAUUAUCAAUUGCCUUUGUUAAAAUUGACAGAUGCCAUUCACAGAUAUUUGGCAUCAGAGACACAAAGGCAUCAGAGCCAUUGUCACAAUUUACUGCCAUUUAUAUGGCAUUUUAUACAUUUCCAAACCCUAAAAACACUGUUUACCUAUACUAGAUCUUCUGUUCUACUCAGUAGUCAUGCUUAUCCAAGUUCCGAUUGUGAAUUUUGUAUUUUAUAUUCUUCAUACCUAUCAAUACGCAAUCAUUGUCAAUAUUUAAAAGUGCCAGGAAUAACCUACUAAUAAGACAGGUAUUCAUCAUAUUUAUGCCAUUACUUUGCGUUUCAUGUUGUUGAAAGUGCACAGCUGCUGUCAGAGUAUCUGACCAUAAAGCUUUGGAUGUAGUUUGUAUGGAAGUCAUUGCUAAACUUACUAAAUAGUACAUUUCUUGUGCUGGAAAUAUUUUUGUGUUGGAUUAUAUGCUGGUAGAAUGUUUUUAGAAAAGGAGUGAGUGUGAGUGUGUGUGCGUGUGUGUGCGUGUGUGUGUGUGUGAGUGUGUGUGUGUGAGAUGCGUGUGCUCUCUCUGUAAGAGCCCUUAAUGGAAUGAGAUGCGACACUAUUGUCACAACAGGGAGUGAAGUCGUGUGUGUGUGUCCUCAUAAAACAGGAUGAGGGAAACCCAUUCACCCUUCACCUACCUGUUAAAUCAAGCACUCCCUCCACACUAACACAAAGACAGAGCCUUCUCCUGUCUUCUGUUAUAUUCACACAAACACGCAAUCAAAGUAUUCCCCAACUCUCUCAUCACUCUCCCCCAAGUGCACAAACACACACACGGUGUUGUUACUGAGAAAAUACUCGUAGGGCCGUACAUCAUCACGGUAUUGGGAUUUGCAAUAUUUAUACCACAUAAGGUUGCAAAAUGCAAAUUAUCUUUCAAAUUGUUAUUUUUGAUAUUAUUAUUAUUAUUAUUAUUAUUAUUAUUAUUAUUGUGCUUUAGUCAUCCUGCCAGAUGUUACAUGUGUUUUGAAAAAUUACAGCAGAUGUAAUUAUGACUGAAAUAAUUUAUAUCAGUGUUACUAGGUUUAAUAUGUGGCAAAACAUACUGCAAUCAUUUGUGACAAUAUAAUGCUACAGAGUAUUUUUGUCUGUUUUGUGCAGCACUAGUUAAUGAUUAAAGCUUGUUCCAAUGCAUCACCAAUGUGCCAUCAUUCUAUCAUCUAUACUAUAUACUUAUCACUGAUCUCCUAUACUCACUAAACUCUUGUGAAACAGCUGGACUUCAGUAAUCAGCAUGGUGCAACUGUGCUCUGGUGAGACAACAGUUUGAGUUUUGGGAACAUGAAAAAUGGAUUUGUACAUUUAUUUAUUUUCAAAACAGUGCUUAAGGGUGCAUUUUCAAAAUAUAUGAUGUUUGACUUAUUUUGUUGAUUGCAGUACUUCAAAAAUGUUUAUUCAUCAAUUACUCAUUCUUUAAUAAUUCCUUCUUCUUAAAUGGUGAACAUAUCCUCGUUUUCCUGGUCGUCUUCUGACCACUGGUCAGAUUGCUUCACAGAUGUGUGUAGACGUUUCACAGAAGUGUAUGGUCAGUGAGGAUACAUGAAGUUUACCUUCUGUAUCUUUUGUAUGUUGCCUUAACAAGGCUUAUAAAUGCCCAAACAGAGAGCUGAUAGUGAUACUUUGAUGGCGGGGCUCGUUUUAUCUGUGUACAGCAUGCAUGCAACAGUGUCUGUCUCUUUACAUUUGGACUCCACUGCUUAC